AUGGGCUGGCUCGCCGCUGGGUGCUGGACUCUUAUAGCAGGAUACGCUCUCUACCGAAUUCUUGUUAGACAAGAGGUUGUGAAAUUACCUGCACAAUCCCACCUUGCAUCAGACUUGGUCCCUCUGGCCACAGAGAUAGAAGAACCCCAGCCAGCAUCGGAUAUUCUUGACGAAGAAAAGUCGAAUCCUGCACGAGCCCCUCGCAUUUCGCCUCCUCACUUGGAAGUCUCUCAGCCAGGAGACAGCGAACUACCUGGGAAGAUGGCGGACGAAAUAAUACCCAAGACCGAGAGGAUGCCUCCUCCACCAUCUCUACCCAAACCCGCUCGACCAACAAGCUCACCUCGUCUGAACCCUCCGAAUGUCAACACGAUACCUACGCCACCUCGACCUGGCAAUGGUUUUAUUCGACCUCCUCCCUCCGCGGCGGCCUCGUUGCGUGUCCCUCCACUCAAGUCUCUUCCGAAUGCCUCGCUCGCCCCAACUUCCUCCAUCAUGCCACCUGGCAAGCAGGUUUCACGCAAAGUGAUCUUGGAACCGGGGCACUCUCCCUUGGACUGGGCGGCGCUAACAGCGAAUCCCGACAGCCACCUGCGAGGAAAAGAUGCGCCAGGUGAAAACCUGAUGAGGGUCACGUCAGCACAACUAAAGCGGCAGAAUGGAAGAAAAGGAAGAGAUGCCUGGACGGUGUACCAAGGCAAAGUGUACAAUAUCACGCCAUAUAUCCCGUUUCAUCCUGGUGGCGCAGGGGAGAUCAUGAGGGGCGCGGGAAAGGAUUCUGUCAAGUUGUUCAUGGAGGUACAUCCUUGGGUGAAUUGGGACGCCAUGCUAAGUGAGUGUCUCGUUGGAAUACUUGUCAGCGAAGGCGAGGAAACGAGUGUCAAUGCUGGAGGUCUGGACGACAUGGAUUGA